AUGUUUGUCACAAAUUUUUAUCUUAAUACCAGUCGAUUACCAAAUGACGUUUUGUCAUACACAGAUCAAGAUUUUUAUAAUUUUGUUGAAAUGUUUCUCGGAAAAUUACAUGCUCACUUGCUUUCAUAUCUGCACAUUAAUAGUGUACCAUGUUUUCUUUUAACUGAAAAUCCAUGUUCCAUUUUUAGUCUUGAUAUUGAAGAUGAAGUUUUGGAACAAUUGAGCCGAGAAAUAUGUAUUAAAUUAAAAAACAAUCAAUUGAUAGUAAAACCUCGUGUUGAAAACAGUUUUAAAUGUUUAAAAGAUUUAUUGUUAAAAAAAAUUGAACAAGAUAUGAAAAGAACUAAACAAAACAGUAAGCAACAAACUGUAACGCUGGGCAAUACAACGUCUACACAAUCAUUUUCAAUUUCUUCUUCAAUGUUAAUUUCACCACCAUCAUUAUUGACAAGUUCUUAUUCGGCAUUAACCAUUGAUGAACAUCGUCAAUAUUUGUUAAACUGUAUUAAACUAUGGUGUCUUGAUAAUAAAGCCAACCUUCAAUUUAAUGAACUUGAAUUGAAAGAAGAUACUGACUUUACUUUUAUUUUUUCGAAUAUAAAUAAUUUUUUGGAAGUUAGCGUUAAAUGCAAAUGUGGUUCUAAUAUUAAUUUAGGAAAAAAUGCUGAAAAAUUUCAGUUAUCCAAUUAUUAA